UUUUGGACCUUCAGGUGCCAUUUUUUUUGCAAACCCCAGUUUCAUGUGCCUUUUACUGAGGAGAGGCUUCUUUCUGGCCACUCUGCCAUAAAGGCCAGAUUGGUGGAGUGCGGCAGCGAUGGUUGAACCUCUGCAAGUUUCUCUCAUCUGCACACAGGAUCUCUGGAGCUCAGUCCAUGACCAUUGGAUUCUUGGUCAUCUCUCUUACCAUGGUCCUUCUCCCUGAUGACUAAUUUGGUAGGGCGGUCAGCUCUAGGAAGAGUCCUGGUUGUUCCAAAGGAAAAAAAACAACAAAGUUCCCCUGUAUAGUUUGCUCGGUCGUAUGACUGCCUUAGGUUUACGGGCCGCACAGCAAUCUGGGAAAGGUCCAAGACAACACUCAUUUUGUAGGCUGCAAAUAAUAAACUUUCGGGGGAAUAGAAAGACAAAGAAAUUUGAUACCAACUACCAAACACAGAAUAACUAGAAAAUCCGUUGUAAAAAGAUACUGUGAGCAGACCAUCGCCUCUGUCCUAGAAUGAUGUUUCCAGUUAUCUGUGUGACCCAUAUUCUGCUCCUGGCACUCUGCAGCUGGGGCGAGGAGGAAUUUCAGUGGACACAGACUGAUCGCGGAUCCUUUUACUAUGGCACUUUCCCACCCACUUUCAUAUGGGGAGUGGGCAGCUCUGCAUACCAAACCGAAGGUGCCUGGGACAAGGAUGGAAAAGGACAAAGUAUUUGGGAUGCAUUCACACAUAAGAAGGGGAAAACAUUCAUGAACCAGACUGCAGAUUCCUCAUGUGAUGGAUAUUACAAAGUCAAGGAGGACAUAGAAUUGCUGAAGGAACUGAACGUUUCUCAUUAUCGUCUUUCUAUCUCCUGGCCACGUUUAAUUCCUACAGGCAACAAAGCUGAAGGUGUUAAUGAGAUGGGAAUAAAAUACUACAGCGAUUUGAUCAAUGUUCUUCUUGAAAAUAAGAUCACUCCAGUAAUCACCUUAUACCACUGGGACUUACCACAGACCCUGCAGGAAAAGUUCAGCGGAUGGCAGAACAUCACCAUGAUCACUUACUUUAAUGACUAUGCUAAUUUAUGCUUCGAUAAAUAUGGAGAUCGAGUGAAAUAUUGGAUCACAUUCAGCAAUCCUUGGUCAAUUGCUGUUGAAGGAUAUGAGACAGGAGAACAUGCACCAGGCCUGAAGCUAAGAGGGACUGGAGUAUAUAAGGCUGCCCACCACCUUAUUAAGGCACACGCCCGAGUAUGGCACAGUUAUAACAAACAUUGGCGCAGCAGGCAGAAAGGAAUGAUUGGGAUCUCGCUGACUACAGAGUGGGGAGAACCAGUAGAUAUCUCCAGUCAGAAGGACAUUGAGGCUGCAGAAAGAUUUGUGCAGUUUAAUUUUGGAUGGUUUGCAAAUCCUUUUUACAAUGGAGACUACCCCCAGAUCAUGAAAGAAUAUAUAGGCCAGAAGAGCGCGCAGCAGGGUCUGGGGAUGUCAAGACUUCCUAUAUUUACCUCUCAGGAGAAGGCUUAUAUUAAAGGUACAAGUGACUUUCUUGGGUUAGGUCACUUUACCACCAGAUAUAUCACAAGCAGAAACUUCCCAUCCACACAGGGGCCAAGUUACUUUACAGACCAAGACCUGAUAGAGCUGGUGGACCCCAAGUGGCCUGAGCCAGAAUCAAAGUGGCUGUACUCUGUCCCCUGGGGCUUCCGGAGACUACUGAAUUUUGUGAAGACCCAGUAUGGAAACCCAGUCGUAUUGGUAACAGAGAAUGGAGUGUCAGAGAAGAUGCAGUGUGCCCAGCUGUGUGAUGAAUGGAGAAUACAGUACCUGAAAGGUUACAUCAAUGAGAUGCUGAAAGCCAUAAAUGAUGGGGUUCGCAUCAAGGGGUACACGGCCUGGUCUUUGCUUGAUAAAUUUGAGUGGGAUGAAGGCUUUUCAGAAAGAUUUGGCCUGUACUAUGUCGAAUUCAAGAACCAAAACAAACCACGUUAUCCAAAGGCGUCCGUACAGUUCUACAAAAAGAUCAUUAAAGCCAAUGGAUUCCCUAAUAUCAGAGAGGUGGAAAACUGGCACCGUAUAUCUACAGAGACGUGUUCUACUACCAACAAACUCCUAGCUGCAGAGGAACAGAAGAAUGCGGCUGCAAAUUUACUGCGGCUAAUAUAUGACCCACUGACCAGCCACAUGGAGAUGGUGACGGAGAUUGUGGUGCCCACAGUAUGUACGCUGUGCAUUCUCAUCAGCGCUGUGCUCCUUAUGAUCCUCCUGCGUAGAAAGAGCUAGGAUGAAGAAGGUGGCACGCAGAUAAAACCACCAUCUGACAAGUGCUGUCAACUCCGCCCAGAACAAGGACUUUCACUUGAAGACUUCCUCUUCUG